GGCUAACGAACUAAGGCGCCGUUACGGUUGCAGUGACAUCAAUGAACCCACAUCUAUCAGAUAUCAUGCGUCGCUCAAAAUGUGUUGUCGGCGCGAUCGCUCCCAGCACAAACACUCGUCCCACGAAAGGGGAAUGUGGAGCAUAGGCCGCCAUGAUCCUCACACUGCUUUCGCUUCUGCUCUUCGCGAAUCUAUCGCCAUGGCAGAGCGUCGCUCUGCGACAUGGUCUCUCCCGCGAUCCGCGCCUCGCCGAAUCCAAAGAUGCGUUCAUUGAGAAUUUGCUGUCGCAAAUGGAGCUGGCAGACCUGGUUCAGCAACUCCACCUCACGUUCGCGGACAACAUCAUCGGCCCCGCGUCCGACAAUUCGCUCUACGACUCCGAACUGCGUUUCACCCCCGGCGCCGCUAUCGGCCACAUGCACGAUUGGUAUCCGCUCAACACGUCGUAUUACAACAGCCUCCAGCGACUGAACAUCGAGAGAUCGAGACUGAAGAUACCCUUUCUGCACUGGGGCGAGUGCCUCCAUGGCGUUGGUAGCUUCAACCAGAGCAUGUUCCCCCAGGCGCUGGCGUUGGCGGCUAGUUGGGACACGGAGCUUGUCGGACGUGUCGGACGAGCGAUUGGGACUGAAGCGCGCAGUAUUGGGAUUCACGCCUGCCUCGCACCAGUUCUCGAUCUCUGCAAAGACCCGCGCUGGGGCCGGUGUCAGGAGGACUGGGGUGAAGACAAGAUUUUGACAUCGCAUAUGGGUGUUGCAUUUGCAUCAGGACUGUCAAAGAACGGGUCCUGGGCGGAACAGGAUGCGAUUGUGCCGGUGGUGAAGCACUUUGCAGCGCAUGGCGCGCCGCAGGGUGGGAGUAAUGGCGCGCCGUUCAUGGGGCAUGGGAACAGAGAGGUGUUAGAAGAGCAUUUGCUGCCGUUCAAAAGCGUGAUAGAAAAGGGCGGGGCAGGCGGCGUUAUGAUGGCCUAUCACGAGUUGGAUGAUGUGCCGAGCCAUGUCAGUCCAAUGUUGUACGGGCAGUUGGAGGAGUGGGGAUUCGAUGGGUUCACAGGCAUGAAACAACUACAAGUCGGUCAUCAGGUGGCUAGCUCACCUGCGGACGCGAUUGCGCAGUGGUACAAUGCUGGGGGCAUGGUGCAGUUUUACGACUACCCUCUGGAAACGAUUCUCAACGCAACCACUGACCUCGUGGGAAACGGCACCGUUUCUGAGGAGCUAAUCCGGGAGAAAGUUCGGCGAGUACUUGGGCUCAAAUACGACUUGGGCAUUUUUGAUAUGCCCUACGUCGCAGACGAUAUUGACCCAUACAAAUUGGUCAGCGACCAUGUCCCCCUGACACUAGAAGCUUCGCAAAAAAGCAUCGUUCUGCUGGAGAAUAGGAACAAGACGCUUCCGCUAAGCGUUGGCAACCCGAAGACAAUUGCCCUGAUUGGUCCAUAUGGCGAUAUCCUGAACUACGGCGAUUACUCCGGCUCUUUCGGCAUGUAUCCCGUUGCGUAUUCGACUACCCUCAGGCAGGGCAUUUUAAACCACAUUGGCACAAACGCGAGAUUGGUAUCAAGCGCCGGUGCAAACACAUGGCUGUAUAACGACCAGUUGCCCAUUCCCGAGUAUCAUCUGACAGCGAACACAACAGCUGGAGGCUUGCUAGCAACAUACUACGCCGAUACAAACUUCCGUCAACCGGUACUGCAGCGAACAGAGACACCAGUUGGCACAUGGGGCCUGUACCCGCCACCGGGACUGUCAUCGAACAACUUCAGCGUGAUCUGGGAAGGCGAACUUGAUCCUUCCGUCGAUGGCGAUGUCGACGGCUGGCUUGGGGUCGCUAUAGGGCCAAACACUACCGCCAAAAUCUAUAUCGACGGCCAAAUGCACAUCGACAUCCCGUUCACGUCUGCAGGGAACAUCCUCUCCAACAUUCCGGAUCGAUUGUACGCUGUCGAAAACAGCACGCUCCCGCCGCCCGGCUCAGCGCCGUUCACAUUCAAGCCUGGCGUGACGCAUCGGAUUCGCCUCGAGUAUCAGACGUGGAACCUUUACCAGAAGAUUGAGAAUGUGGGGUCGCUAAAUUCUCAAGUUCUACUUUUCUGGAACCUCGUCGACCGCACAUCACCGGUGGAGAAAAGCGUGGCGAUCGCGAAGGAGGCUGAUGUGAUUGUCCUGGCAGUAGGAGGGUCUUGGAAUUCCGACGGAGAGAGCGGAGACCGAGGGACGCUGGGCCUUAGCGCGAAUCAAACAGCACUCGCAGACUCCAUAUUCGCACUCAACAAGCCCGUCGUACUGGUCCUGCAGGGAGGCCGACCGUUUGCAAUCCCACAGUACUACUCCCAGGCAGCGGCAGUCCUCGAUGCGAACUUCCCCGGCCAAAGCGGGGGACAGGGAAUCGCCGACGUCUUAUUUGGCAAGGUCAACCCAGGCGGCAAACUUCCGGUAUCCGUACCUAUGCACGUGGGUCAGCUGCCCGUCUACUACAACUACAAGCAAACGGCGCGGAAGAAGGCGUACGUGGACAUCGAAUCGCUCCCCCAAUACCCCUUUGGAUACGGUCUCUCCUACACGGUGUUCAAUGUCUCGGACUUUCGCGGUAGCACCCUCCAAGGAAGCCAACAGAACUUCACCGCUAACGACACGCUCAUCUUCGAAGCAGAUAUCACGAAUACGGGCUCAAUAGCAGGUUCAUAUGUCGCACAGAUAUACCUCCUGCAGCGCGUCUCGCAGAUCACGCAGCCGCUAAAGCAGCUCGUUGCUUUCCAGAGGGUGUAUCUUGAGCCUAGGGAGAUGAAGACGGCAAGGAUGGAGCUUGAGGUGGAAAGGUAUUUAAGAAUGCUGGAUAGGAGGUAUGAGUGGGUAGUAGAGAGAGGCACGUAUGUGUUUGCAAUGCUGGAUCAUGGAGGAUGGGAUGCGCUGUGGAACGCGAAUGCGGGUGGGAAUGUGACAUUGCUGGCGGUCUGAGCGGCGGCGACGGCGGAUACGAUUUGCAGGGAGACGGUGCGAUGCAUGCUCUCGGCGACCUAGACGAGCUACCAACAGCCUUGCUCGAUGACUGCUUAGGACAGGCCCCCCUCGGUUGUUCGUGCGACUAUACUUUGUGAGCUAGAAAUACAAAAACAAGAAGCAGGG